AAGCUCUGAAGUCGUUUCCGGCCACCUCAGCGGGAAGUGGAGACGCCAGCAGCUAGCUGUUGGGGACCUCAGCCGGAGGUGUAACUGGCCACCGCGGGAGAAGAAGGGGCAGUGACUGAGGCGGCCUGGUCUCCGUAACCAGGGAAGAUGGUGCUGCUGACGAUGAUCGCCCGUGUGGCGGACGGCCUUCCGCUGGCCGCCUCGAUGCAGGAGGACGAGCAGUCAGGCCGGGACCUUCAACAGUAUCAGAGUCAGGCUAAGCAACUCUUUCGAAAGUUGAAUGAGCAGUCCCCUACCCGAUGUACCUUGGAAGCAGGAGCCAUGACUUUUCACUACAUUAUUGAGCAGGGGGUGUGUUACUUGGUUUUGUGUGAAGCUGCCUUCCCUAAGAAGUUGGCCUUUGCCUACCUAGAAGACUUGCACUCAGAAUUUGAUGAACAACAUGGGAAGAAGGUGCCCACUGUGUCUAGGCCCUAUUCCUUCAUCGAGUUUGAUACCUUCAUUCAGAAAACCAAGAAGCUCUACAUUGAUAGCCGUGCUCGGAGAAAUCUAGGCUCCAUCAACACUGAAUUGCAAGAUGUGCAGAGGAUCAUGGUGGCCAAUAUUGAAGAAGUCCUACAGCGGGGAGAAGCACUCUCAGCAUUGGAUUCAAAGGCUAACAAUUUGUCCAGUCUAUCUAAGAAAUACCGCCAGGAUGCGAAGUACCUGAACAUGCGUUCCACUUACGCCAAGCUUGCAGCAGUGGCUGUGUUUUUCAUCAUGCUGAUAGUGUAUGUGCGGUUUUGGUGGCUGUGAGAUGUGAACCUAGUCACUAGUAAGGGAGAACCUAGAACCCCACAGGUGUAUGUUUUCAGGAAACUGAGCUCACAGGGCUGUGUAUUAGAAUCCACGUGGAACUUCUUCUGCCUCUAAAGACCUUGCAAGAAAAGACCUGUCCUGAAAAUGAAAGAUGGCGCCUCGUUUAAGGAAGCUUGACCCAUGUGGAAGUCUCUCUGGGACAGACUUUCUCUGGGUGCUGAGCUAUAUGUAUUAGGGAACAGUAGGUUGUCUUUUUGUUUCUCUCCCUCCCAGUACAUUUGUGAGACAGCAGAACUGGGGCAUUCUCUCUCUGAUGGAGCCAUCAGUGAGAUUUAAGGUAGCCAACCCAUUCUAGCAGCAUCCUGAAAUUCUGUCAAAGAAGGCGGCCCUCUGGGGAGUCCUAACUCUAAUCGACAUUCCUGUGUUGGUAGCGUGUGACUGAUGUUCUAGUGAGGCUCAUAGUGUGUGAGGGUUAGUUGCCUUGAUGCACAGGUCCUGUGCUGGCCACUGUAAGAAGUUAACUUUUGUUGUUCCUUUUGUAUUUGCUUAUUGCACAGUUGCUUUGGAAUUAAAUCAAUUAUAUAAUAUGCCUUGAAAUUA